GAUUCAAGUGCCCUGUAUGUUCAAAAUUUGUAUCUUCCGAUGAAAUGGAUUUACAUCUUGUGAUGUGUUUGACAAAACCAAGGAUAACCUACAAUGAGGAUGUGCUGAGUAAAGAUGCUGGGGAGUGUGCAAUAUGCCUGGAAGAGCUGCAGCAAGGAGAUACUAUAGCACGGCUGCCUUGCCUCUGCAUAUAUCAUAAAGGCUGCAUAGAUGAGUGGUUUGAAGUAAAUAGAUCUUGCCCUGAGCAUCCAUCAGAUUAAGACGAGAUUCAUGUUUUCAGCUGCUUCCACUGAUCAGAAACCAUUGGAGAUGCGAGGUUCCCUUGCAGAACACAGUGUGCCUGGCUUGAGACUUCCAGUUCUUUGUGGCUGAAAAAGGCAAAGAUGGACAGUGACAUGGAAAAAGCAUUGCAGACACCAGUUACUUGCCAGUAGUGCUCAGUAUACCAAACACUCAUGCAAAGGACACACAGGGAUUUUGAAAAUGCUGCACAUUCUGUAACAAUCGACUCCCCACAGACAUUACUGACACUAUUUUGUAUGGAAGGCCAAAGUUCCUAAUUUCAGCCUAACUUCUGGUUCUGUGAAGAAGCGGGUUACUGGACAUGUUUCCUACUGCCUCAAGUGGAAGCGGAGACGUUCGAUACGUGCUCUCCGAGACCCUAGCAGAAGGAUGGCCCCCGGUUUGAGUGGGAACGUUUUCACCUUCUUGUUGGCUGAAGAAGAGUUAAUGGCAAACUAAAUAUAAUCUAACAGUGUGACCUUAAUUUACUGAAUUCACACCCUGUUUUACGUUCUUCACUUUUUUCAAGAACAGAAAACAUAAACUUCUCUGCAUAGGAAUACUAUAUUUCAAAAUUUUGUAACUGAACCUUUGUCACAAUGCAGUCCAAAGAGUAAAACCAAGACAGGUAACUAA